CAUGGAGACGGCCCUUCCCUUUCCUGUAUAUAAAUGGAUUCAGAGGGACCCCAGCAGCAGCCUGUCUUUGUGUGUGAGAGAGACAGACACUCAGCCCCUGAGGAUCGACUCUAUCAGACAACUGCAGCUUCUUCAACUUCUACAGAGGCCCGUAAGGUGACGUUUCAGCGCUGGUACCAUGUCUGACUCAGAGCCCGCCGCCAAGCCACAACCCCAGGUGUCACACCGCGGACGCAGUGCCGCCCCCAUCGCCACCUCCAAUGCAGAUGGGGAGGAGGUGCCUGAGUUCGAGCCCUUCGGCCUGAUGCCCCGAGGACCCCCUCCACUCCAGGAGUUCUUGGACAUCUGGGACGUGAACAUGCUGCGGAAGCCAGACGAGGUCAAUAAGCGGCAGCACACCACCCACCUGUAUGCCACUGAUAACCUCAUCGUUCGCAGGGGACAGGAGUUCCAGCUGAAGGUGACCUUCGACCGUCCCUACAAGCCCUCCGACGACCAGUUCGCUGUGGAGUUCGUCAUCGGGGGCAGUCCCCAGUUUAGUAAGGGCACCUACAUCCCUGUGUCUGUGGCCAGUGACCGCCAAAGCCCGUGGGCCGGCCGGGUGGUGGACAGCGCAGACAACGUGGUCACGGUGGGGAUCACCCCAGCGCCCGACUGCAUUGUGGGAAAAUGGCGCACGUACGUGGCGGUGGUUACGCCAUACGGAAUCCGCAGGACAAGGCAGGACGAGAGUCGAGACGUCUAUAUCCUGUUCAACCCCUGGGUGGCAGCUGAUUCUGUGUUCCUGGAUGACAGCAAUGAGAGGGAGGAGUGUGUUCUCAACGAGGUGGGGGUCAUCUACCACGGGGCGUUUGACGACGUGUCCGAGCGGCCCUGGAACUUUGGCCAGUUUGACUACGGGGUGCUGGAUGCGUGUCUGUUCAUCAUGGAUAAAGCUGCCAUGCCCAUCACCAACAGGGGGGACCCCAUCAAAGUAGCCCGGAAGGCCUCAGCCAUGCUGAACUCUCGUGACGACGACGGGGUUCUGGUGGGGAGCUGGAGUGGUGACUACACCUACGGAGUGGCACCCACCUCCUGGACUGGAAGUACUGAGAUCCUCCUCAACUACUCCAGCAGCAAGAUGCCCGUCUGCUAUGCCCAGUGCUGGGUCUACGCUGCCGUCUUUAACACCUUCUUGCGCUGUCUGGGGAUCCCCGCCAGGGUUGUCACCAACUUCUUCUCUUCCCACGACAAUGACGGCAACCUGAAAACUGACAUCAUCCUGGAUGAGAACGGCAGAAUUGACAAGCAACGCACCAAGGACUCUAUCUGGAACUACCAUUGCUGGAACGAGUGCUACAUGAGCAGGCCAGACCUUCCUCAAGGGUUUGGGGGCUGGCAGGCUGUGGAUGCUACGCCCCAAGAGACCAGUGAUGGGAUGUACAGGUGUGGCCCUGCGUCUGUCCAGGCCAUCAAACAUGGCCAGAUCUGCUUCCCGUUCGACGCACCUUUCGUGUUUGCUGAGGUGAACAGUGAUGUGGUGUUCUACUCGCGGAACCCCCGAGACGGGACCCUGGAGCCGGUCAAAGUCAACAGCAGCCAUGUUGGUAGGAUGGUGGUGACCAAAGCUCCCGGCCAGGACACCCGGCGUGACAUCACUGACCAGUACAAGUUCCCCGAAGGUAGCCCCGAGGAGCGCACGGUUCUGGAGAAGGCAGAGGAGUACGGUUGUCAGCGUGAGAAGGUCACCCUUCCAGAGGCUGACGUGGAGCUGAACAUGCCCCUGAUCGAGGUGAGGGUGGGGGAUGACUUCGAGCUGAAGCUGGAGUUCAACAACAAGAGUGGCCAGUCUCGCACCGGGGAGAUGUAUGUCAGUGGCAACGUGGUGUAUUACACAGGAGUCACCAGCUCUGAGUUCCUCUUCAAGACCCCUAAAGUGACAUUGGAUCCCAUGAAAGCUGAGAAGAAGGUGAUCCAGGUGCGUUCCCAGGACUACAUGAGAAAGCUGGUGGAGCAGGCCAACCUCCACUUCAUUGCCACUGGGAAGGUCAAGGAGACGGGUCAGAUUGUCACCGCCAUGAGGGUCGUCACUCUUCACAACCCCAAGCUCUCUGUCCAGGUGUCUGGUCUGGCUAAGGUAAGUGAGGAGAUGUUUGCGACUGUGGAGUUCACCAACCCGUUCAAGUUCAACCUGGAGGAUGUGUACAUUCGCGUGGAGGGGCCAGGAGUCAUGCCACCCAAGUAUAAACAUUACAGUCUGAUCCUGGCUGGCUCGUCCCUGAAUUGGACAGAGAGUUUUACCCCGCGAAGGGAGGGACCCACCAAGCUGAUGGCCAGUCUGGACUGUGCUGCACUCAGGCAGGUGUACGGUCAGGCCCAGCUGACCGUCAAGCCCUGAGCAGCACAAGGGAGAUGGCACAGCUAUACAAGACAUCUAUAGCACAGCUAGACAGCCUAUUUACAGCUCAGUUAGAGCCCAGCAAGCAACAAUUAAGAUAUUAAUUUCUUCUUCUUCUUCGUGGAUGGAUCAUGUCAUUUCACAAAAGAGGCAAUAUUUUUUUUAACUAUGCAACAUUUGGUGUAGUUCAAUGUAUUUGUUUUCAUUUCUAUACAAGGAAAACACAACUACAUCAUAGCUAAUACAGCCCAGCUACCAUCAGAUUAGAGGUUGGGCUUGAAUGUUAGGCCUAAUCCAUGGUUCAAUCUAUCUUCACAAGAGAUGCAACAUUUUCUAACCACAAGAUGCCACAUUUAGUGAAAUUGAUGAAAAGUUAAAUAUCCCCGUUUCCUUUUCUUUUCUGUUUUUGACUUCUAUGCAAAGAGAAAUACUUAAGUAACCCAAAUUAAAAAGAUGAACAUGAA